AUGAAAGCGAGAGAGUCUAAAAUGUCGACCGGUGGCACUAUACACAAUUAUUAUGUUGAUUCUUUAAUAGGGCAGGAGACAGAGGACUUAUACGCGACUAGAUAUGCCCAAGGCACAGCUUCAAGGCCAUCAGGUGUAGCAGACACUUCAGAUUUCUCUUCCUGCAGUUUUACCCCCAAGUCUACCGCAUUUUCAAAUCCCUGGUCUCCCGUUCACCCUCAAUCCUCUGCCGCCGUUGCAGGAAUCUAUCAUCCUUACAUGCAUCAAUCGCAUCUUGCAGCUGGAGACAGCAGAUAUGUACGCUCGUGGUUAGAACCGAUUUCCACUUCAGUCUCCUUCCCCGGAUUCCAUCCUAAUGGCCGGCAUUACGGGAUCAAACCAGAAACUUUGUCAACCAAGAGGACUGAGUGCUCUUCCUAUGAGCUGCAAACCCUCAGCCUACCGGACUUCACUUGCGGCUCUUACCCAGAGUGCAGGGAGAAGCUUCCCAAGGAGCUUGGCUGCACCAGCUCCGAGACUACGAGCAACAGUGAGCACAAGGAGGAGAAACAACAGCAACUUGACCCAAAUCAUCCUGCAAUAAAUUGGAUCCACGCGCGCUCUACCAGGAAGAAGCGUUGUCCUUACACCAAGUACCAGACACUUGAAUUAGAAAAAGAGUUUUUAUUUAAUAUGUAUCUCACCAGAGACCGGCGUUAUGAAGUUGCUAGAAUUUUAAAUCUUACUGAGAGGCAAGUAAAGAUUUGGUUUCAGAACAGAAGGAUGAAAAUGAAAAAGAUGAACAAGGUGAAAAAUAACGAAGAGUCUUGAACGAUCAGCUGCUUCUUAAUUAUAAGUCUGAAAAUCCUACAGACAGUGUAAAAAGCGUUUUGUCUAUCUAGUGG